AUGCUCUGUUUAUACUCUUUUCGUCUGUUUCUUACUUACGUCCUUUUCGGCUUCACCUGCUCGGCAUGGCCGCUGUAUGGACGUGGUGCUGCGAAACAAUUCCGCAUCUACGCGUUUGGAGCCAAUAUCAGCGGCCUACAGGUAUUCUAUGCAGACGGAAUCGCUAAAAUCGGCGACCCGACGCAGUCUAAUGCAGCCGAAGUGGUCCCGGUCUACUUUACAGCCUCGAGCACAGGAGAAUACACGUGGCUUGCGCAUGCUGACUCGAGUAAUGCCACCUGGUCAACCAAAGCUCUCUACCUGGCCGAUGGAGGGUCGGGCGAAGUUGGCUUCACUUCGUCCGACUCUACAGGCAAACUCACCGAUGUGUGGUGGCAUUAUGGUCAUUAUGUUAUGAUCAAAGUCGACGGGGCAAACUUCUACGCGAAUCCUAUUGCCGGUGCUACUGGCUGGUACACGUUAUCGUGGAGCAACUCGGGUCAAGGAGGGUUAGACCAAACGUUGGUGACUUUGAGAACGAUCGAGCCCUCCACUGGAUCUCUUCUGAGUUGA